UAAAUAAAAACAAAUUGAAAAAAAUAUAUAUUCAUAAUAUGAAUCAUAUAUAAUAUUUGAAUAUAACACUAAGCAAUAACCUCUACUUAGAAUUAUAAAAUAAUUUAUGUCUUGGGAAAAUAGUAUGUUAAACUCUGUACAUUUGGUGGGUGAAGAUGAUACUGGGGACUUAUACAGUGAUUUUGAAAAUGUCUAUGAUGCAGCGUUUGAUACUGAGGGUUUGUAUGAAGAUGAAGGAUUUCAAAAAGCUUUGAAAACUAGUUAUGGAAAAAGAUUGGGUUCAAGUGCUGGCAGACCACCUCUCAGAACAGCUGCAGACAAUAGAAUGAACACAUCUUUGAAUCGUGGUCAUGUUGCUGUGCCAUCCAUGGGAGGUAGAUUAGCAACAGGUGUUGCUACUAACCCUGCGCAAGCCAGACCAAUGACAGCUGUUCGAGCGGCAGGUUAUUCAUCUGCAGGAAAAUCAUCUAACACUUUACUUGAUCCCUUGCUACAAACAAAAGGUCCAGCUCCUCUGUUAGAUGUCAAAUCAGAAGAUAGUCCUGAGGAGAAGUUAAAGAUAUUAGAAAAACAAACAAUGGCGCUUGUUGAAGAAAGCUGUUAUGCAGCUGAGAGGAACGAUUUUAAAUUAGCAUUAGAAAAAGCAAAAGAAGCUGGACGAAUGGAAAGAAAUUUAUGUAGGCACCAGGAGCAAUCACAGUUAACUGAACAUAUAAAUCUUGAUAUCACUUAUUCGGUUUUGUUCAAUCUAGCAUCUUCUUAUCAUAAUUUACAGAUGUAUAAUGAAGCAAUCAAUACCUAUAAUGUGAUAAUUAAGAACAAAAUGUUCAGCAAUGCUGGUAGAUUGCGUAUAAAUAUUGGAAACAUUUAUUAUGUUCAAAGAAACUAUGCGCAAGCUAUUAAAUAUUACAGAAUGGCUCUUGAUCAAAUCCCUCAAACUCACAAACAAGUUAGAAUACCUAUGAUGAAAAACAUUGCCAUGGUGUUUGUAAAAAUGGCUCAGUACAGUGAUGCUUUAACCACAUACGAGCACAUUAUGACUGAUCUUCCUGAUAUGCAAACUGGUUUUAAUCUCUUGUUGUGUGCUUAUGCUUUAAAUGAUAAAGAAAAGAUGAAAAAGUCAUUUCAAAAGCUCACACAGAUUGCAUCCAUUGAUGUUGAUAAUGAAAAAUACAACCCUUCUGCUAAUGAUCAUCAUGGACAGAUGGUUUUAGAUGCUAUUCGUGAUGACUCGUUAAGAAGAUAUAAUAAGCAAAAACAGCUAAAUGCUGAAAGAUACAUCACUAUGGCGGCUAAACUUAUUGCUCCUGUUAUUGAAGAUGGAUUCGAUGAAGGGUUUGAUUGGUGUACUGAUAUUGUAAAAGCAUCUCCAUAUAUUGAACUUGCAAAUGAACUUGAAAUCACCAGAUCAUUAGUUUAUUUAAAACAAAAAGAUUUUACUAAAGCUGCUCAAAUACUUAAAAAAUUUGAAAAGAAAUCUUCAAAAAUGCAAUCUCAGGCUGCUGUUAACUUAUCAUUCUUGUAUUUUUUGGAAGGAGAUGUAGCGCAAUCAGAUAAGCAUGCUGAAAUUGCUAUAAGUAGUGAUCGAUACAAUCCAGCAGCUUUGCUCAACAAAGGCAAUGCAGAAUAUUACAACGGAAAUUAUUUAAAAGCGAAAGAUUAUUACGCUGAAGCUUUAAAUAUAGAGGCAUCGUGCACAGAGGCUCUUCAUAAUUUAGGUUUGUGUUACAAAAAGAUGAGCAAGUUUGAUGAAGCUUUAGAAUGUUUUCAUAAAUUGAAUUUAGUUCUGCCUAAUAAUGCUGAAGUCAUUUGUCAGAUUGGCCAAAUCUACGAAAAUGACAAAAAUACUGCGGAGGCAUUGGAAUGGUAUCAACAAUUGUUGAAUAUUGUUCCAACAGAUUGUGAAGUCUUAAGGAAGGUGGCCAUGCUUUAUGAAGAAGAUGGUGAUAAAUCUCAAGCAUUCCAAUACAUGUAUGAGGCUUUCAGGUAUUACCCUUCAUGCAUUAAAACUUUAGUUUGGCUAGGUGGUUAUUAUAUAGAUGCACAGUUUAUUGAAAAAGCUAUCACUUACUUUGAGAGAGCUGUUCAAGUGCAGCCUUUAGAAGUGCGAUGGCACUUAAUGUUAGCAACUUGUUACCGAAAAGCAGGAAAUUAUACUCAAGCUAUGGAAACAUACAAAGAAAUCCAUAAAAAGUUUCCUGAAAACCUUGAUUGUAUCAGAUUCCUAGUAAAGCUUUGCCAAGACCAGGGAUUAAGCCAAGAGCAAAAUGAAUAUUCUCAAAAGCUAAUAAAAAUUCAGAAGAUGUUGGAACAAAAAGAGCAGAGAGUUAAUAGUGGAAAGCGUAAGGGAAGUGGAAAAGUUCAAAAAGUCUCAGAAGAAAACAUUCUUGUUACUCCAGACCGUGUUUCAAGUGGAAAAGAAAAAAAAGGACCUAAGAAUGUGGAUUCUUCAUAUGCUGAUCCUAUGGGUGAUACUCCUGUUAGACCAAAAACAGCUGCUGCUAGUUCUAAACCAAAAGACAUAGAUGAAUUUGCAGAUGAAGAAAUUUGUGAUGACCUUUUACCUGACUAAUCUUUUUAGUUUUUUAUAAUUUUUUACAAUUCUUUUACAACUCAAGAUUGAUGUUAUUAAUUAACAAACGGAUUUUAAUUUUUUUUUUUAUUUUUUCCUGAAAAACUUUUUAAAACUCUUUCUGGUUUUUUAUUAAAUUUAAACAGUUUCAUAAACUU